AUGUACCAAAUGCAAAGUAUUUUGACAGCAUGUUUUGCUCCAGACACUAAACACGCAGACGACUGGUUCAAAAACCAAAGCACACAAGAACUUUUGAGUGAAAUUUCUCUAGACCGACUUUUUUCGGCCAUGCAUAAAACACAUGAAAAUCGUAAAAAUUUGCCAAUAAAUUUAAGAGGAUAUUAUGUACAUAGACUUUUAGUAAAUGCAGUUGCAAUGUGGGCUUCUCCUCGUUAUGCAUGGCAUGUUUACAGACUUCUUGACGAAAUUCAUAGACAAGAACGUGAAGAGAUGGAAAAGAAACUUCAAGCAAAAGAUGAAGUCAUUGAAGCAAAAGAUGAAGUCAUUGAAGCAAAAGACAAAAACAUUCAGAAAAGAAUACCACGUUCGGUACCAAAAGGAAAGGAAAAGAACUAUAAGUAUAUGAUUUAUACUGAAGAUAUGGAGAAAGAAGAAGAUAAAGAUAUGGUUAUGUUGCAUUUAGUCAGAAGAAACAACAAAAGCUUUUACGACCUUGCUAAGAUUUACAAAUCUGACAGAAAUUGGUUCUAUCGCGAAAACUUACCGAUUUCAAUGACCCCAAAUGAAGAUGUGAAACAAAUAGUUCAAGAUACUUUACCUCAAACACACUAUGAUAUGAAAGGUUGUACAAUUUUUACCUUCAAAGAAGACUUACCGCUACUGAAAGAAAAAAUAACAGAGUAUUUUGACAACUUCAAACAAGUAGGGUAG